AUGCUUGGUAAAUGUGCAACUAGUCGUUUUUAUACUGAUGUUUUACAUCGUUUGAGUAAAUUUAAUGUAGCAUCUUUAGAUGUUACUGAACAUUUUCUUCUUGUUACUUGUCCAAACUAUAUUGUUACUUGUGAUAGCGAUACAACUUACGCUUCAAAAAUAGCUAAUAAAAUGUUAAACCAUUAUGAUGAUUUACUUCAUGAUUUUCUUCCUCAUAUUAAACAAUGGACAACAUCAAUCAUGUUAUGUAUAUUUUAUCCAAUGAAAUUCGUCUUAUCAAUUAUUCCAUCAUUAACAUACGAACAAAGAACACCUAUGUAUGAUUUUAUUCUAACUAUACUUUUAAAUGCAUCAGCAAGUGACUCACAUACUGAAGAAGCCUAUAGUAAAGUCAUUUAUAUGUCGCUUUGUUUAUUAAUUGAAUUAAUUCGAUCUGAUACAGUUUUAUCAGAUAAAUUAAAAAAUAAAAGCGAUGAAAAACCUGAUUUAAUUAAUGUGUUAAAUGAUUUAUCAAAAAAUGCAAGUAACGAACAAAUACAAAUGAAAGCAAUAGAAUUAACUUCAUUAUUAGUACCAGAAGAAGAAUUUCGGAAAGAAAACAGUGCAGAACGAGUAAUUGGGCUACUUGUUAAAAAUUUUAAUACUGCUGUUGAAGAUGGAAAACCUAAUAGAGCCAAUGAAAUUUUAAAAGGAUUUACAGACUUGGUACAACAUGAAAAUGUUAAGGAAGAAGUUAUUAAACAAAAUGCAUUACCAUCAAUAAUAAAAUUUGCAAAAGAAGCAAAUGAUGAUCCAAUACCAUUAGAAAUGGUCUUUGCAAUGACAUUUAAUGAUGAUGCAAAAACAAUUAUUAGUAAAGAUACAGAAUUUAUUGAUUACGUAAAAGAAUUAUGUAAUUCUGACAAUAAAGAGGUUGCAAAAAUGGCACAUGGUAUUAUGUGGAAAAUAGAAGAUGAAGAAAAAUUUAAACAAAAAGAAGAAGAAAAAACUAAACAUGAAGCAGAAACAACAGAAGAGAGCUCUGAUACAGAAUCAAAACCAUAUGAUAUGAUGAUUUCAUAUUGUUGGGCACAACAGCCAUUAUGUCAUAAAAUAAGUGAUCGUUUAGAACAAGGUGGUUAUAAAGUUUGGUUAGAUAGAGAUGAAAUGCGUGGAUCAAUUAUUGAAUGUAUGGCUGAAGCUAUUGAACGAUCACGAUUUGUACUUAUUUGUAUGUCAAGUAAUUAUAAAAAUAGUACGAAUUGUAAAGCUGAAGCUGAAUAUGCAUUUAAUCGAAAAAGUAAAAUAAUUCCACUUAUUGUUGAGCCUCAAUAUAAAGCCGAUGGAUGGUUAGGAUUUUUGGCUGGUUCAAAAAUUUAUGUUAAUUUUGCUGAUAAAGAAGAAGAAGAGUUUGAUAAUGCCUAUGACUCAUUACUAAAAGAACUUAAACGAAAUGGAUUGAACGAUAUCAAUCGAGAUCAAAAAAAUACAUCAACCACCAAAAUAAGAUCUAAACCUGAAGAACUCAAAAAAGAUCGUCAGCGACGUCGUAUUGAAACAAGAGAAUAUUUAAACUUUCCUUUAACAACAAUGUGGAAUGAACAACAUGUUGAGGAAUUUUUAACUGAUAAUAAACUUGAUCAAUUAAUACCUAUUUGUGAAUCAAUGGAUGGUGAAGCAUUAAUUGAAUUUUAUCAGUUAUGUGCAGCAAAAUCUGAUAUUAUGUAUGGAUUACUUAACAAUCCAAAAGAACAUCCAUUAUCAUUUGGUAUUUUUUUUAAAUUUAUUGCUAAAUUAAAAAAAUAUUUACCAAAAAAACCAGCACGUAAACUCUAUUUUCGAUACAACUUUGUUUCUUCAUCAUCAAGUACAAAUCAAGCAGCAAUUACAGACAAAGAAAUCAAUAAAUCAAAAUAA